UGCUGACUCGACAGAGACGACCUUUUGUCAACUCAUCACUAAGCAAUUAAAUUGAAAAAAGAAAGCUACGAGGAAAGUUAGUUGUGUCUGCCCUAAACAUGUUGAGAUAGCAUUUGGAGAUUUCUUUAAUCAACACAAUGCCAGAACUAGAGACAGUGAGUCCGUCAAGCAGCCACCAUUUCAAUGGACAGAGUGACAAGAGACGUCCUGUCAGUCGCUCCAUGUUUGCUCUCAAGACCUUCGUAGCUGGUGGAGCGGCCGGGAUGUGUGCCAAAUCGUCCACAGCUCCUUUAGACAGACUCAAGAUUCUUCUACAAGCUCAGAACAAAUACUACAAAAACUAUGGAGUGUUUUCUGGCUUUCUGGCCAUUUAUAAACAGGAAGGUAUCCUCGGCUACUACAAGGGUAAUGGUGCCAUGAUGGUUCGAAUAUUUCCGUAUGCUGCUAUCCAGUUUGCUGCAUACGAGCAGUACAAGAAACUACUUAAGCCUUACUUCAAUCAGAAAACACACACAAGCAAGUUAGUGUCCGGGUCUCUGACUGGGAUGACAGCUGUGCUGUUUACUUACCCCCUGGACAUGGUGAGGGCGAGAUUAGCCUACCAAGUACACCAGAAGAAGUACAACGGGAUUUGGAACACACUGACAUUGAUACCAAAACAAGAGGGUGGGCUGAAAGCUCUGUAUCGAGGCUUUUCAUCAACCAUUAUCGGAAUGAUACCAUACGCCGGGACCGCUUUCUACACGUACGAAGUCUUAAAAUCUUUCGCUCUGGAUAACCCUCUGUUACAGCCGUACACAAGUAAAGAGUCAUUUGAUGGCUCUGGAACAAUGGUACUGAACAUUCCUACUAACCUGUGUGUGGGUGGUUUGGCGGGUGCUUGCUCACAGAGUGUGGCCUAUCCAUUCGAUGUUGCCCGGAGACGCAUGCAGCUGGAGGGCAUGAUCUCCGAGACACCUGUGUACAGAAGUGUGUCUGCUACUUUGUCGCAUGUGUAUACAACGCUUGGUGUGAGAAGAGGACUUUUUAGAGGGAUUUCGAUAAAUUUUUAUCGAGCUGUUCCACAAGUUGCUGUUUCAUUUUCAACUUACGAAUUUCUGAAACAGUUUUUGGGGAUUAGUAGACCUAUUUCUUAAGUUUGACCAAAAUAAUAAGUAUGUAUUACGAUCAUGUCCUUUUAUUAUUUUUAACGCUAGCAUUCAUUAAUUUUAACAUAAUUAUACAUUGCUCUACCUAC